AUGAACGCUUCUGAUCAUACAUCAACAAUAACCGACUAUUUUCGGACCAACUAUACGAAAUGCCCAAAAUCAACAUUUUUCGACAGUCCGACCUUCCAUACAUGGUCUUGUCAUAUCAUAUCGCUGUUCACACUUCCGAUGAAUGUCUACGCGACUUAUCUGAUAAUUGUAAAAACUCCGCGGAAACUUCAACAAAUGAAAUACUGUCUAUUACAUCUACAUUCGUGGUGUUUUUUCACUGACCUACUCUCGGGAGUAUUCGUGGUCCCUUAUACAUUGGUCCCAUUAUGCGCUGGUCACGGAGCCGGUUUGCUCUCGGACCUCAAUGUUCCUCAGCCAUUUCAAAUCUAUACAUUCGUUGUGGCAGUAGCUGGUGUUGGUUUCGCAAUCGCAUUCAUGUUCGAGAAUCGUCAAAACAGCAUGAUCUCGGAAAGUUGGUUCCGAAUUCAAAAUAAAUCCUCUCGCUUCUUAUUCUACACUCUCAACUAUGCCUUCAUGAUAUCGUUUCCGAUUCCCGCAUUUCUCGACGUCCCGGACCAAGAAACUGCAAAAAUGGAAUUAUUGCAACUUAUUCCUUGCCCUACUAUUCAUUUCUUCUCCGAUAAAGUAUUUGUGCUCAUCGUCCAACAAACCAUGUCUUUCAAGCUUGUCUCUGCUGCAUUAUUCCUCGCUUUCGUUCAAAUCCUGUUCUUCGCGAUUCAUUCGUUUUGGUGUUUGUCGAAUACUAUGAAAAAUUCGAGAGUUUCUGAAAAGACGCGAAAAUUACAACGCAAAUUUCUUCUCGCAGUUUCGAUUCAGGUGAUCAUCCCUUUGGCCGUCUGUGUUCUUCCGGUCGUCUAUUUCACAUUCUCAAUGUUCAAACAAUUUCAUUCGCAAGCACUUAACAACAUUUGCUUCAUGAUAAUGUCCCUUCACGGAUUCCUUGAUUCGAUCGUUAUGAUCUACGUUAUCACACCAUAUAGAGAAUAUACGAAGACCGUUUUAUUUAGAACAUAUCAAAAACGCCAAUCGAUAAUAUCGGUUGUUGGUGCCGAAUCAACUCGAUAUACCUUCUAG